AUGUCAGAACAACCAAAUGGCUCUGCCACUUUAGAAUUAUUGGCUCAAUAUGAUAAUCAUAUAUCGGAAAGAGAUAAGACCAUAGAAUACAUAGAGAGAACUACGGACCCUACAAAUGAUAACAAACCCACUUAUGAUGAACUAUUUAAAGAAAACGUGAAACUUAAACUAUUAGUUCAAGAAUACGAAACAGAAAUAGAUAGCUUGAAGAAGACCAUUUCUUUGCUUCGGGAAAACCGUAAAUCUGUUAACAGUGAAUCGCUAGACGUCAUACUUGAUCAAUCUUCGAGUAUAUCGAAAGAUUCAGAUGCAACACGACAAUCUUUGACCCUACCACCAAGAUCGGACAGGAGAAGUAAUACCAAAAAUCUCAGCAUUCCAAUACCACAAUCCACCUCUACCUCAAGUCAACUGGACUCUGCUCAAAAGCCUCAAGUAGACAUUAUUACGACGACCACUAAUAACGAUUCUCAUCAUAACACUAAGUUACUGAAUGCAGCCAGAUUCAUUUCUAGCCCUCACAAAAUUACAAAAUUACAAGAAUCCUUGUCAAGUCCGGCAACGUCUGUAACAUACACAACUUCAAGAAUUACUAUUAAAUCACCAAGAAAUUCGGUAGAAUCUCCUUUACAAAAUAAAAUGGGUUCUCCUCAAAAUCCAAAUAGAGUUACCUCUGUAAUAAACAAUCAUAUCCAUUCACCUUUAAGGGGUAACUCGCAAUUUAGUACAGAUGACUUGAAUAACGGAGCUUUCAAAGAGGAAAUACUCGAUACCAGAAGAACUCUCUCAAAUGAAGUUAUCUCAUCCGUAAGAAGUCCUUCAACAUAUUCUGAUUCCAAAAGUCCAUUAGCUCAUUUAAGAAGGAGUACUUCGUCUGGGAAGAAAAGUAUGGAGUUCUCUCCAAAUUCCAAAGCAAAACUAAAUAAUUUCGCCCAAUUGUUGGAUACUUCAUUCGGCGAAGAAGAAGAGGCAGAAAUGGAAGAAGCCAAGGAAGAAAAGGAAAGGUUGAAGGAGCAUGAAGAGCUGGUAGGCACAGCUCCAUUACUCCCUAAGGAAAAUAACGAUGAUCAACCAUUACCAAAGAAUUUAGAGAAAGAUUUAGAGACGAAUAAUUCAGUUAACCCAUACAGAGACGGAAAACCACAACUAAGCCGCAUAUCUGCCCCUGUACUUACGCCUGUUUCUGAAAAGCAUAUCAACAUGACCCCGACAUUCAAUAGGUUGGGAUCUCCUCUUAUUUUGAACAGGAAGACUAAUAUGAUUAAUGGGACUCCUAGUAGCAAUAACACAACUGGCACGUCCCCUAGACAGGGAUUCUCCAAUUUCUCGAUAUCUGAAGGGACUGAGGAUACUAAUGCAUCAACGAUUUCAUCAUCGACGAAGAAACAGAACAUUUUGAAUGACUUAUUACACGUUAAAAUUUCUUCUCAUCACAGUGAUUCGAAUGCCUCAACCCCGAAUACUACCGAGGAUACCGCGAGUAACCAGACGUUGUCUGUUCAACAGGAAAAAUCAAAAACAGAGAAUGUUAGGUCGGUUUCCGAUACUGCAUCGUCUCUGAAAUCAGAUAUUCCCUUAUUCGUUCAGCCUACUGAACUCUUUACGGUAAGAAUUGAAAUUUUAAGCACAUUAUAUAAUGAAAAUAAAGAGGAACAUGAUCUGAACAGAUAUGAAGAAAAUUAUAUUCUUUUUGGUAUUAUAGACAAGAACACUGGUAAGGAAAUGUUUAAAUUUUCAAAGACAAUCAAUAAAGUGAGAGAAUUAGACGUAUAUUUAAAAUCUCAUUUAACUUCAAACAAAUUAGUAACGAUACCAAACUUACCUGAUAGGAGUUUCUUCAAUUCAAAUCUUCCAAUACGUAUAGAUCAACGAAGAGAAAUAUUGAAUAAAUAUUUUGAGUCUCUUUUUGAUGCCGUGCCUAAAUUGCCACCAAAUGUUUCAUUGAAAAUUGCCCAAUUCAUAAGUACUGAUACGGCGAUGAACCCAUUAGAUCUAGGUGAUACAAUUAAAGAAGGAUAUUUAUUAAUUAGGAAACCAAAAACUUUAUCCAACGCUAACAAUUGGAAGACGAGAUAUUGUAUAUUAACUGAAAAUACAUUACAGUUUUUCAAUAAAGGACAAUUGUUCGAGACGAUACGACUAAAAGGGGCAAUGAUGGAAUUACUGCCGAAUCUACCUGAUGAUAAGUAUGGAACGAAGAACGGCUUUUUAAUUAAUGAACAUAGGAAAAGCGGAUUAUCUUCAACUACCAAAUAUUUCUUAUGCACAGAAACUUCCAAGGAACGUGAAUUAUGGAUUUCUGCUAUUAGUCAGUUUUUGGAAAACUCGUUCUCAUUGAAUAUUGCAGAGCGGAGAUUAUCAACAGGGUCAGAUCGAUUAUAUGUCACCGAUUUAACAUCUGAAGUGACAUCUAAUUCAACCGAAAGCAACACAGGUAUCAGUUCACAAACCGCAACGUAUGAGCCUUUCUUAGAAAGUAUAGAAGAUGAUAAGGAAGUUAGAAGAAAUAAGAAGCGAAGCUUUUUCCCGUUCAAGAAACUUACUGGAAUAGAUUAUGAUAAUAUCCCUCCACAUGAUCUUGAACUUAAAUCCCCAACGAAAUCUUCAGUAAGAUCUGUAGAUUUGAAUAACCAAACCUUAGUGCCAUCAAUCUCUGGAACCAACAGCCAUUCAUAUAUGCCUCAGUCUGCCACAGUCUUUGGUUCAUCCUUAAAUGAUUGUUUAAAAUUAAGUUCGCACACAUACCAAAGAAAAUAUGAAAUACCGAGUGUUGUAUAUCGAUGUUUGGAAUAUUUAUAUAAGAACCGUGGUGUCCAAGAAGAAGGUAUUUUCAGACUAAGCGGCUCAAGUACAUUAAUCAAAACAUUACAAGAAAAAUUUGACCAAGAGUACGAUAUUGAUUUAUGCCAAUACAAUGAAACAAUCGCCGAUCCUAAUGGCGACGAAGUUUCUACUUUAGUAAGUGUAAAUACAAUCUCAGGGUUACUAAAGCUUUAUUUGAGAAAAUUACCCCAUAUGAUAUUCGGUGAUGAACAAUAUUUACCAUUAAAGAAAAUUAUAGAUGACAAUCAUGACGACCCACUAAAUACUGCUUUACAAUUAAGAGAAGUUGUUGCAAAUGGUGAAAUACCGAAAGAAAAUUUGUCCCUAAUGUAUGCAUUGUUUGAGUUACUGGUAAAAAUUAAUGCUAAUAAUAAACUAAAUAAAAUGAACGUAAGAAAUCUUUGUAUUGUUUUCUCUCCCACUUUGAAUAUCCCUAUCACUUUGUUACAGCCAUUUAUUGUGGAUUUUGCUUGUAUUUUCCAAGGUGCUGAACCAAUAGAUGGAUCGCAAAGGGAGCAGUUAGAUAUUAAUAUUCCACAAUUAUAG